UAUCCACCAUUCUUUUUUUUGGAUUUAUGUUCAAGCUGUUUAUAUGGGUGGAGAAAAAUGGUGGGUUUUGAGUUUUAGAGGGAGCUGAAGUUUGUUUGGUCUCUGUUUUCAUGGCUUGUUUCUGGGUUUGUUCUAGGCCACAACGCAAAAAACCCAUAUCAGAUUCUGUGGAAAAUGUCCAAAAGAAGGAGCUUUUGGGGAGUGUUGUUAGUGGGGAAGAAGAGUUCAGCUCAGAUAGCUCCAAAGGUUCGUCUGCAAAUGGAAACAGAGUAAUGGUGGUUGUGGAUUGGAGCGUUGAGGCUGAAGGGGCUCUGGAAUGGACACUCUCUCAUGCUGUUCGGAGCCAUGACACCAUUGUUCUUGUUCAUGUUCUUAAGAGUUUGAAGCCUCAAGGUUUUGAGUUCGGGAAUAAGGUGAAUUCCACAAAGGAGGCCUAUAAGCUUCUGUUUUCUAUGAGAAACAUGUGCUUAAAGAGAAGGCCUGAGGUGCACGUAGAGAUGGCAUUACUAGAAGGGAAAGAAAGAGGUCCAAUAAUUGUGGAAGAAGCAAGGAAGCAUAAACUCUCUCUUUUGGUACUUGGUCAAAGAAAGAGGCCAAUUCUUCGGCGUCUAUUGAAAAGAUGGGCGACAGGACGCUAUCGAAGGAGAAGGAAGAAGAAGACUUGUCGAGCAACGGCGGAGUAUUGCAUUCAGAACUCAUCUUGCAUGACCAUUGCAGUGAGGAAGAAGAGCAAAAAGAUUGGAGGAUAUUUGAUCACGACCAAACGUCACAAGAACUUCUGGCUCUUGGCUUGAUCUUUUUUCUUCUUUUCUUUUCUUUUUGUGUAUCAUAUUCUUUCACCUUCUUAGGUUUAUAAAAAGGUUCUUAAACUGUAGUUUCUGUUCUACAAAGAGUUAAAAAAGAUCCAGCUCUACAAUUCUAUU